AUGUCGACCGACCGCGCAGUGUUCCCCCACACCUCAGCUCGAGUUGUGGCAUGGAUGUCAUCAACGCCUGCUCCUGGCUUGUCCAGAACACGGCUGCGAAGACAAAACCCGAGAUCAAGCUCUUCGAGCAACUUCUACAUACCGGAAGGCUCUGACGCUCCUGUGAAGUCGGGGGACGAGAUAAGGAAGAUGAUCGAUCCUAAUUUCAAGAUCAAGCAUCAGAAGGAGGUGCUUGAAAGGACCAACUUCUACUUGGAUCAGACCUUCGAAAAGACCAUCGAGUCCUACAAGACCGAGUACUUUGAGCUUGACCUCUCCAGUCGCCCUCUCGAGUCGAUUCCUCUGAAAUGCGCGAGGAUCACCUUCCAAGUGCUCAUGGGAUCAUGCGAGGUCUUUCUGUCCAUGAGCGAUCAUGCCGAGUACCCGUCACGAGAGCAGCACGACUGGGCGCUGCCCCCUGUAGAUCUCUACGACGGCUCCGGAAGGAUGGAUGAAGUCAUAACGCUGAUCAUAACGCCAGUAGAUAAGGCAUACGCGAGUUCUAAGGCGAGGAGAAUCAUCUUCGGGGUUAGGAGCCCCACGGGCCACGUCCACUUCAAAGUGAAGCCGCAGCUCAAGUCUUUCUUGACGGGAAAUGCGUCGCAGAUGCUGGAGGACAGGUCGACGAGGAAAAAGAUUGAGAGAGACUCCAAGAUGAAGGAGACAAGAGAGAUCAAACAAAGCGUGUUGCACUCCGAGCUUCGAACGAAGCUUGCACGGUCUGGAAAAGAGACGCAGAUCCCUGAGUUCCGUCCCAAGACCUUGGAGCAUCAGCCGUCGAGGAUCAAGUCACCAAUAGCGAGCUUGGCAAGAAAUCUCUCGGCGACCAUCGCGCCAUCAAAACCCAACACUGAGAGCUUGUGGAAUAUCCUCGAGAGCCUGGAGAAAGACUACACGGCCGAGCCCGCGGUCGAGCAGGUCGAUGCUGCUCUGCAACGGCUGCAGUCCGGCAGCGUGUACCAGGGGAGCGCAACACAGCGGUCGACGGCCCUGGUCACCGGGAGGGAGGGAUGGACCUCCAGGACGGCGAGAAGCUCGACGAGGAAGAAGCGACUGAUCGCCAAGCAGGCUCAGGUGCCGAUCGAUCCGGACGUGGUCGAGCUGGACAAAGGGAACUGGGAGAAGAUCGUUCUGUCCGCCAAGAUCCCAGCGGCGAUGAGGCUGCAGUGGGCGGUGGAGGAGAUCGAGAGCGCAAAGAACAACUCGCAGGGGCUGACGGGGGCGAGGAGAUACCUGCGCAACCACCCUCUGGAAUCGAGGAAGCAAGCUGCCCUGCAGCCUAUCAGCACCCGGAUGGUCCCAAUGUCAGCUCGCAGCAUCAACUUUGGGAACCUGGUCACGGAUGAAGUCAGGACCGCAAGAAGCCACUACUCGGGGGAGUACCACGACUCGCAAGUCGCCGUUCCCUCCCACCAACAGCAUGUCGCCGACUCCCUAGAAGAAGAGUUCGCAACUGAAGCUUCUCGUCCCCUUGACCAGCGGCCGUUGGAUUACCCGGACAUUCCUCCGCUGGACUUCAAGAAGCUGUUUGAACGAGCGACCGGAAAGGUCUCGCAGCAGUUUGUGCCUGAGACCCCCGAGGCCCCCCAGCUGAGCGAGCGACGAGGCGACACGAGCGCAAGGAACGAGCCGCAGAAGGGAGGGCUGUCGUCAAGGGGGGAAGGGUCCUCCAGCGCGCGGGGGAAGGUGGAGGGGUCGUCGAGCGCGAGGGGGAAGGUGGAGGGGACUUCAAGUGCAAGGGGGAAGUUGGAGGGGCCCCUGAGCUCGAGGGAGAGCUUGUCUGCAAGGUCUUCCUCAAGCGUGGAGAGCGAGUCUGGUCUUCAGAAAGCUCUGCUGGCUGACGACGAGAAACUCUGUCUCUCCCUCUUCUCCAAGUACCGGGCAAACCACAUGACCAGGUUCUCCAAGACCAAGGAGUUCCUGGACAGGCUGGGGCCCGAGGAGCCGCAGGCUGAGGUCGGGAUGAGCCUUACGGACUUGAUCAAACUGCUGCUGGAGAUGAAGAUCAUCACGACGGGGAAGUCAGGAGCCUUCAACCGGAGGGACGUGGUGACCAUGGGCAGAGAGUGCUUCAACAUGCGGGGAGAGCAGCAUCACCCGACCGAGGACGAGAUCAUCCUGUCCUACGACGAGUUCAAGUCCAUCCUCGACAGGAUCUCCAAGGCUCUGGGGAAGCCUUACUACGCGGACAGAGCUCGGCCUGCGGGGAUAGACAAGAAGCUGUGGGAUCGAAUCAUGGAAGACACCAAGCCCGAGAUCAGGCUGAGACGAAUUGCCCAGGACCAGAACUUCAGGAAGAAGAUCCUCCGAGCCUUUGGCGUCCACGACCGGGACAGCGACGGGGUCCUGCUGUGGGAAGAGUUUCACGAGCUGUGCAGGAAGGAGCUGGGGGUGAAGAAGGCACACAGCCUCAAGAUGCUCGAGACGGGGCAGGUCAACCUCGAGGGCCCGGGCCUGACAGUCGAGACGUUCAUGUCUCUCUUCCUGAGCCCUGACCCCGACCCGGUGGACGCGAGAGAGACGGAGGAGAGCUUCAAGAACGCCAUCGUCCACGAGUACAGGAGGCUGCAUGCCGAGAUGUGUGCUGGGUCAGAGGACGUGGGCGUGACAGGGUCCAAGUACAAGGCCAUCGAGCACCUUCAGAGCAAGGCGAAGAAAUUCUCGACGAGCAAGGAGGAGGUGAAGGCUGGAUGGCUCUACCGGCGAGAGACCUUCGGGCCCAUCAAGAAGUGGAUGAUGUACUAUGCCGUGCUGGAGAAGCGCAUCGGAGGGUCCGUGCUGAGGCUGUUCAACAGCACGCUGCCGGAGGAGGAGCUGGAGAACGACGUGGCGUAUGACGAGGCAGGGCAGAUAGACGCGCUGUGGAUCGACGGAGCAGACCCAGCAGAGAUCGUGCACCUUGCCGACUCGUCGGAAGUUCGGCAGGAGGCGGCGAAGCACGCGGCUCCUCAGCUGGAGCGAAUGCAGGAGAGACUGGUGUCGCUAAGGAGCAGGAAGGCGCGAGAGAUUGCGGCAGCCAGGGUCUCUCUAGUACCAGAGACGGGCAGGAGCGAGGGAUCGGAAGACAGCGAGAACUGGACUUACUGCAUCAUCAAAAUCCGUUGCUCCUCCAGCAAGCUGAACCCGGGCAAGCAUGACGUCCUCCUCAAGGUUCGCAGCGAGUGUGCGGAGGAUGAGGCGGAAGACUGGGUGGAGGCCAUUCGCUCUUCCGUCCCUGACCUUCAGCUUGCCAUGGGCGAAAACCUGAGGACCAUCCAGGAGAUCGCACGUUCCACACCCCAGCUGCGAGACGUGUGCGUUCCUCUCGACCACGAGGAGGAGAUUCUUGCGAGCAAUGUGGCCAACGUCAUCGCAGAGGCUCUGAAGCCCUCGUGCAUCAUCAUGCCCGUGCUGGACAGUCAGGGGAACCUGACGCUGGCAGCAGGAGGCAGAGAUGACAAGGAGGAUCAGGACAGCAAGAAGAAGAAGCAGGCCGGGACGCUCGAAGCCAUCAUAGAGGAGACGGAGGAAGAUCUCCUUGCCUUCUUGACGCCGGUCGCCGAGCUCAUCGAGUGA